AAAAUGACCGGACAUUAGAAGUUCUGGAUGUCAAUGACAACCCUCCGAUCUUCCAGAGUAAAUCAUACAGCGCCACAGUGUCCGAGACGACAGAUGUGGGUUCAAAUGUGCUCAGGGUGACGGCUGAAGAUAAAGAUGUCUCUCCAGAAAACAGCAGAAUUACGUAUUCUAUACUGCCUCCAGUACCAGAUGACUUUGAAGUGAGAGGUGAUGGUAACAUCAGGAUGAAACAACAGCUGAACUACAACAGUGUUCAACAGUACAUCUUCACUGUGGAAGCUAGAAAUGUAGGGGGAUACAGUGACACUGCAACAGUUACACUAACUGUUGAAGAUUUGGACAACCUAAACCCUUAUUUUGAUCACAGUCUCUAUGAAGCAUCCAUUGAGGAAAACCAGACAGGACCUUUGUCAGACGUCACACCUGAGGCCAUAAAAGCUCAAGAUGGCGACACGGGCAUCAACGAGCCUGUAGUUUACAGCAUAACAGCAGUUCUUCCAAAUGAAUAUCAGAGCAUUUUUGAAAUUGAUGGAAACAGUGGGGUCAUCUCUGUGACAUCGGCACUAGACCGAGAGAAAUCUGACCAGAUUACUGUUUACAUACAGGCAGCUCAGCAGGAUGAUGCCAGUAAGACGGCUAGCGCCAUGGUAUCAAUUACCAUUGAGGAUGUGAAUGACAACCCGCCAAAAUUUGACCAGGAUGAGUACACAGUGUCUAUUCUGGAGAACUCGCCAAAGGACCAGCUUGUGCUUCAGAUUAGAGUCACUGAUCCAGACCUGGGUGGGUUCUCUAAAGGUCACUUUGUCAUGGACAGUGAUACCUUCGUUAUUAACAGUCAAGGAGUAAUAUCACUUAUGAGCGAUGCCACCUUGGACACAGAAACUAUAGACAGUUACAACAUUGAGGUAAUAGCCGUAGACCACCUGAUGAUGGCUUAAUCUCCACAGCUAGGGUCAUCAUCACUGUUCUGGACGUCAACGACAACCACCCACAAUUCCUUCCUCUCCCAGAGCGCAUUGAGAUUCAGGAAGGUGUUUACACGCCCUCAUCACCUGGAGAGGUGUGCGUGAUAUCAGCCACAGACUCUGACUUUGGAGAAAAUGGACGUGUUGCCAUCACUGUUUACUCACACACUGAACUAUUCAGCUUCAGAGCGGAUGGGACUCUGCUAGCUAUGGAUGAGCUGGAUCGGGAGACACAGAGCGUGUAUGAUGUGCUCAUUGUUGCCAUGGACAGUGCAAUACCACAGCUAAAUAACAUCACCACAGUGAGGGUCAGUAUCACAGACGUCAAUGACAACGCUCCAGUCUUCAGCUCUGACACCUACAGCAGAAGCAUUCUGGUUAAAGACGCCAAGGUUGGAGAGGUGCUGCUGACAGUCUCUGCCACAGAUAAAGACGCCGGACCCAACGCAGUCAUUAGCUACAGUUUCUCUAAAGACUCUUCCAUGGUCACAUUGGAUGGUGAAACAGGAGACUCAUUUUGACCUCUGACCUUAGCGAGGUCACAGAAGAUAUACAGCUAACCCUGACUGCUAAAGCGACAGAUCGUGGAACACCAGCACAGUCUG